AAACAUGGCGGCGUCUGGGAACGAAGCGGAGACGUUGCUGCCCGAUAUCGAAGAGGAGGAGGCCGAGGAUAUGGAGAGAGAAAUGGAGUCCGCGGAGGAGGAUUCAGAAGACGGGGAGGAGGAUGAAGACACGUCCGAGGACGAGAGAGAAACCGAGGCUGAGAUCCAGCGGCUGGAGGAGCAGCUGUCCAUCAAUGUGUUCGACUACAAUUGCCACGUGGACCUGAUCAAGCUGCUGAAGCAGGAAGGGAAGCUGCACAGACUCCGCAAGGCCAGGCAGAAGAUGAGCGAGCUCUUUCCCCUCACUGAAGAGAUUUGGCUGGACUGGCUGAAAGACGAAAUCGGACUGACGGAGGGCGAAGAAGCCGAGCGGGAGAAGAUCGACGAGCUCUUCGAGAAGGCCGCCCGGGACUACAUCUGUCCUGACAUCUGGCUGGAGUACGCACAGUACUCCAUAGGCGGCAUGGGGGCGGCGGGGGGCGUCGACCGGGUGCGCUCCGUCUUCGAGAGAGCUUUGACCGCGGUGGGCCUGCACAUGACCAAGGGAGCCAUGCUGUGGGAGGCGUACAGGGAGUUCGAGGCCGUCAUCCUGUCCACCCUCCAGCCCUCACCCGGCACCAUCUCCAAAGCUGAGCAGCAGGACCAGCUGAACGCCCAGCUCGAGAGGAUGCACACGCUGUUCAGACGCCAGCUCGCCAUCCCGCUAAUGGAUAUGGAGAACACGUAUGGCGAAUACUCAGACUGGGCGGAGGAAGGGGUGCCGGAGAUGGUCUCACAGCACUACAAACGAGCCCUGCUGCAGCUGGAGAACCGCAGGCCGUUCGAAGAGGCUCUGCUGGUGUCGGAGCCUCCCAAGCUGGCCGAGUAUCAGAGCCUCAUCGACUUCGAGAUGAAGGACGGAGAUCCGGCUCGGGUCCAGAUCAUAUUCGAGAGAGCGCUGGCCGAGAACUGUCUGGUUCCUGACCUCUGGGCCAGAUACACCACUUAUCUGGACCGGCAGUUGAAGAUCAAAGAUCUAGUGCUGUCGUGCUACGAGCGGGCGGUCCGGAACUGCCCGUGGACCAUGGGCUUGUGGAAGAACUACUUACAGGCGCUGGAGAGGCACGGCGUGGAGCAUCACACAGUCUCAGACGUGUUCGAGAAGGCCCUGAACGCCGGUUUCAUACAGGCCACGGAUUACGUGGAGAUCUGGCAGACGUACCUGGACUACCUGAGGAGGCGUGUGGAUUUCAGUAACGAAGGGAGCCGGGAGCUGGAGGAGCUGCGGGCAGCUUUCACGCGAGGCCUCGACUACCUGAAACAGGACGUGGAACAACGGUUUACCGACAGCGGCGAUCUGUCCUGCAGUAUAAUGCAAAUCUGGGCCAAAAUCGAGGCAUCGCACUGUAAAAACAUGCAGAAAGCCCGGGAACUCUGGGACAGCGUCAUGACGAAAGGGAACGCCAAAUACGCCAACAUGUGGCUGGAGUAUUACAACCUGGAGAGGUCGUACGGAGACGCAGCGCACUGCAGGAAAGCUCUUCACCGGGCGGUGCAGUGCACGUCCGACUAUCCAGAGCACGUGUGUGAAGUCCUGCUGAACUUCGAGAGGGUGGAGGGGUCUCUGGACGACUGGGACACCGCCGUACAGAAAACCGAGACCAGACUGAAUCGAGUGAACGAGCAGAGAGCGAAGGCGGCGGAGAAGGAGGUCUUUCAUGCCCAGCAGGAAGAGGAGCGAGCCGAACAGCGGCGCAGAGGCAAAGCCGACAAGAAAGUCCAGAAAAAAUUUCAGAAAAGCAGUCGGACGGGAGACAAGCGGAAGGCCGAGGACGCCGGCGAAGACGACUGGGAGGAGGAAGCUGAUCGUAAGAGGCACAAAGGAGAGGGCGACGCCCCCGAGGAGCAGAUGGACACCGAGAGCGGCCUGUUCGGGCGCGGUGCCCCUCCGCCUCGCAUGACGGAGCCCCCGGGACUCCCGAAAAAACGGCCAGCGGCGCCGGAGACGAGCAGAACGCCGGACGAUCGCAAGGACUCGAACAGCGUCUUCGUCAGUAAUCUAUCCUUCGAUCUGGACGACCCCGAGGGGAAGAUGAAAGAGGCGUUCGGAAGCUGCGGCACCGUCGUUCAGGUGCGACUCGUCUACGCUGCCACGGGUACGUUCAGGGGCUACUGCUACGUACAGUUCGAGGACGAGCUGGCGGCCCGGGAGGCGCUCAAGCUGGACAGGCAGAAGGUGGACGGACGGCCCAUGUUCGUCUCGCCCUGUGUGGACAAGAGCAAAAACCCAGACUUUAAGGUCUUCAAGUACAACAUGUCGAUGGAGAAGCACAAAAUCUUCAUCUCGGGGCUGCCCUUCUCCUGCACCGCCGAGAAGCUGGAGGAGCUGUUCAAGGAUCACGGCACCAUCAAAGCCGUCCGCCUGGUCACCAACCGCUCAGGCAAACCCAAGGGCCUGGCCUACGUGGAGUUCGAGAACGAGGCGCAGGCGUCCCAGGCCGUGCUGAAGAUGGACCGGACCAAGCUGGAGAACCACACCCUCUCCGUAGCCAUCAGCAAUCCUCCGGCCCGGAAGACCGACUUCAAACCAGCGCUGGGGGGUCACGUGCCUCGCCAGCUACCGGGCACUCGCGGUAAAGGACGCACGCAGGUGUCUCUACUGCCCCGGUCCCUGCACCGCCAGAACACGUCGCAGCCCAAAACGGAGAACGGUACGGCCGCCAACCAGCAGGACGGGACGUCGUCCGGGAACAAGCCCCUGUCCAACCAGGACUUCGCCAGGAUGCUCCUGAAAAAGUGAAGCCAUCCUGUUUCCUUCUCCGAGACGUCUGCGUUUUAUUGUCUGGUUUCCUGUAAAUAUGUGCAACACCCCUGUGAGUUCUAUUAAAGGUUUUAACAACGUGUCUGUAGAA